GAACAAAACAAAUGCAGAUAGAUGCUCUGAGACACUCCUAUCUUCUUCUACAUGGACCCCAACGAGGUGUUGCAUCACCUUAACACAUCCCCUGGCCAUUAAAUUCAACAUUAAUUUACCAAACAAUCAUUGCAUAAAGAACACAGUUUGAAUCCCCUUUCUCCCUUCUCGAUCUCGUGCACAUAGAUACACUAUCCAUGGCUAUCUGUUUCUGGCCAUGUUAAUUUGUCUCUCUCUCUCUUCUCUCUCUCUCUCUCUCGCUACCAUAAUUCAUACAACUCUUGACCUGCAAUGAAGCCCCACAACCGCAAACUACAAGUACCAUACAACGAUGCACCGUUCGAACACCCCAUCACUCCCACUUUCCAAACCUCUAACUCCACCAUACCACCGCCACCGUUCAAAGAACCAACCACCAUACCACCGCCAACAACAACUUUACAGCUACAACAGCAACAACAGUUUUAUUCACGCACAGGGUUUGAACCGUCUGUAGCCUUAAUAAUUCUAUUUCUCUUAAUAGCUCUCUUCUUCAUGGGAUUCUUUUCUAUCUACACCCGUAAGUUCUCCGUCAACCCAUCACCGUCGUCGUCGUCGUCGUCGUCGUCGUCAGAGGAUUUCUAUAAUUCUCACAGACAACGCAGCACGGGCACACCAGGGCCAGCAAGUACAUCCAGCCGUCCAUCCAGGGCUUCUACCAGCUCACGAAUUACUCGAGGUCUUGACCCACAAGUUGUCAACUCACUGCCGGUGUACUCUUAUUACCAUGGUGAUGUGAAGUACCAGAUUGAGUGUGCUAUUUGCUUGGGUGAGUUUGAGGAGAAAGAGGCUGUUAAAAUGAUACCAAAAUGUCAUCACGUGUUUCAUUUGCAGUGUAUUGACACGUGGCUUGAGAUGCACGUGACUUGUCCUGUUUGUCGAGGGGCUCAGUUCGUUCAGGAGAAGGGCGGCGGUAACGAUGGUUUGGGUGUGAUUCAGGAGAGGGUUGAUCAAGGUGCGAGUCAACCAGAGGCAAGAUCAGAGGUUGGGAAUGGUGACACGUCAUUGGAGGUGAGGGGAGAAGUAAUAGGUGUUCAAGCCUAGGGGAGAGAAUUUUGCGGCAAAGAGCAUCUAGCUUGUGAAUAGGUUUUGUUGAAUGAAUAUACUUUUAAAUAUUUACUAAAAAAGUUUUUUCUUUUCUUUUUUUAUUAUAAAAUAGAGUUUCUAACUUAAAAUUUGUUAAGCAAAUGGAAGCAUGAAUGUUAAGUGAGGUACUAAGUUUAUUAA